AUGAACGAACUUCGGACGGAACUUGAACGUUUGAGUAACCAUCGUAUGCGCACCAUUACAGACGAUAUCAUGGAAGCUAUAACCGCAAACAAGUUGGCUUGUACGUUGAUGAGCAUCAAUGUACAAAGUUUGAAUGCACACUCGUCGGACAUUGCAACAGAUCGGGUGCUUACCGCCGUUGAUUUGCUUGCAAUGAGCGAAACUUGGCUUGACAACGGCACAACCACAAACAUCAAUGGAUACCUUUGUGUUUGUCAAGAGAAGCGUGACGGAACAAGAGCGGGAGGAGUGGCAAUAUUUGAACGUGCUGGUUCGUCGACUAUGGCCGUUUCUCACGCCAUUACGAAGCUCAAUGAAAGCUAUGACCCAGCAUUGAGUGUAGCAGACGAAUAUGGGGACUGCUGUGCUGCAGAGGUUUCAAUCAUGGAAACCCGCACGUUACUGUUUGCGGUAUAUAUUUCACCAGGUACCACCCUGAAGCAAAAGAAAUAUUUCUUAGUGCGCAACCUCAUAAAGUACACCCAUGUUGCCAUGCCCGUGGUAGUGUCGGGAGACUUUAAUAUUGAUGUGACGAAAGAGGAGAACAGAGAUUUCAUCUGGUUCAUGAAGCAGUUUCUCUAUCUGGAUUGUGCUUCGGAUCCAACUAUAGCGACUACUCUGGGUGGCACAUGUCUCGAUCUAACGUUCACCCGGAACGUAAGUGUGGAAUGCAGGAGAUACUGCACGUACUUCUCCUACCACCGGCCUAUUUUGUCGAUUCUUGCGAUUCAGCCCAACAGUGGAUUGAUGCAUCCUUUAACAUUCAUCAGGACCACGGCGUACAUCACUUCAAAAGGCUUCAAGCCAACAUAA